CUAUAAUCGCCGUGCAACGCUCUCAGUAACCAUAAUGGGCCAAUAAAAAGGGCGUUCAGUGUUCAAGUCUGAUGUUCACUUGCGGAUCUCUACUCGCAUCGUUUCAACAAACCAAAAUACGCUCUUAAAUCGUAUCAACCUCCCACCAUGUACGAAAGUUCAAAAAUGAAAUUCUUGUUGGCCGUUUGCGUCUUGAUGGCCUUUCUCCCGCUGUCAACAGUAGCCGGCCCGUUGGUUUACGGAAUUUGUCAGACGGGAUGCAACGCUGGCGCUGUGGCCUGCUAUGCCGCUGCAGGUUUCACAUUCGGUGCCGUUACGGCCGGAGCCUCAACGCCUCUCGUCAUUAUGGGCUGCAACGGCGCUCUAGGAAUUUGCAUGGCCGGCUGCGUGGCUGCUGGAUUCACUCCUACGCUUUGAAUGUCUUUUGAUGGUGUUUUUGCGGUACAGGCUAUUAAGCAACCACAUUUGUAUACAAUCAUCUUUGUAAGUUUCUUUGCCGAUAUGUACUUGACAUGCCCUUUUGUUAGGCAUCGGCACACAGUUCUAGUCUUUUAGUUUUAGUUCACAGAGAGAAAAUAAAAAGUAGAAAAAUCA